UGUACGAACCGCGAAAGUUGAAGAACAAGAGAGAAGAAGUCUGAUGCGAUAUUCAUAACACAAGUCUCUUCAAUAUCUACCAGAAGAGGGGAAAUGACGAGAAGGAAAAUACAGAUAAAGAAAAUAGACAGUGUAACAGCAAGACAAGUGACUUUCUCAAAGAGAAGGAAAGGUCUCUUCAAGAAGGCACAUGAACUCUCAACUCUCUGUGAUGCUGAGAUUGCUUUCUUGGUCUUCUCUUCCACUGGCAAGCUUUAUGACUAUGCUAGCUCAAGUAUUCAGCAGGUAAUAGAAAGGUAUGAUCAACAUUCAGCCAUUCAAAUACAAGGCAAAUCAUCGGUUGAUCUGCAGCUCGAAGGUGAUGAGAAGGAGCUGCACAAGGUAGUAGCAGCAGAAAAGACUCGUGAAUUGAGGCAGCUGAACGGGGAAGAGCUUCAAGGAUGCACGCUUGAAGAAUUGCAGACACUAGAGGAAAGACUUGAAAGAGGCUUGUCCCGUGUUUCAAAAACAAAGGAUGAAAGAAUCUUAAAACAGAUCAAUGCACUUAAGAGAAAGGGAAUCCAACUCGUGGAAGAAAACCGAAUAAUGAAGCAGAGCCUUGUGCAUGAACGAGGGCAGUCUUCUGAGUCCAUCAUCAUUUGCAGUUCAUCUGACAUUAAUCUUCCUCAAGACUGCUAUAGUUCUGAUAAGUCUCUCAGGCUUGGGUAAUUAAUUAGUUUAUAUACUUUGUUAUAAGACCUAUGAUCAAUAUUUCAUCCAUACAAAAGCAAGAAUUAAAUCAAUUUUCAUAUAUUUAAAUGAGCUGAAUCAAGCCUCUAAA